CAAGGGAAGUAAUCAGUCAACAUGUUAGCAGCCGAAAAGAUGACUUUCAUGCUUUUUAACUGCUCAAAGUGUUUAAAAGGACGCUUGUAUAAUGUAGUUAACUCCUCUGAUAUAAGGAAAUUCUCAAAAAGUAGUAAAACAAAGGAAAGCAGUCGCCAAUCAAACUUUCAAUACUGUGUUGACCUUGUAAGGAAAUAUGAUUAUGAGAAUUACCUAUGUGCAAGGUUAUAUCCACCAUCUUUAAUGCCAAUAGCUUUUGCUAUACAAGCAUUUAAUGUGGAAACAGCUCAGAUUGGAGACAUACAUUUUGCAUCUGAUAUUAAAACAGGUCUAAUAAGAAUGCAGUUUUGGAAGGAUAGCAUUGAAAAGAUAUAUGAGGGCUCUCCACCUCACACACCUACAGCUUUAGCCUUGUCACAGUGUAUAAGAAAGAAGAAACUUUCCAAAGAUUUGUUUUUUAAAAUAAUUGAUGCAAGAUAUUCAAAAUUAAAUGCAGAUUUUUACAAGAACAUAAAAGACAUAGAAGAUUAUUCUGAAGACACAAAGGCAUCUAUACUGUAUUUAUUUUUAGAAUCUGAAGGUAUAACAGACAAGCAGGUUCAUCAUGUAGCUAGUCAUAUUGGUAAAUCACAGGGUGUGGUCACAUUACUAAGGGGAUUACCGUAUAAUUCUAGUAAAGGUAGAAUCUACCUGCCAAGAGAAUCUCUGUUAAAGUUCAAAAUCUCAGGAGAGGAUGUGAUGAGAGGAAGAAAACAAAAAGAAAUCUGUGAUAUCGUAUUUGAAGUAGCUAGUGUUGCCAAGCAGCAUUUAGAAACGGCAAGGUCUAUGAAGAAGGAUGUACCUUCAACAGUUCUUCCACUGUUCUUGAAUUCUGUUAUCUGUGAUAAAUAUUUAAAACAGCUACAAAAAGUUGACUUUAAUGUAUUUCACCCAUCACUACAAAAGAAAAAUGGCUUACUGCCAAUGCAAUUAUUACUACAAAAGAUUGGAAAAAAAUAUUAAUAAAUAAACUUUGAGGUUGU